AUGGCUACCAAGCAAAGACUCCUCCGCUUGACGCUCAUGCAGUACAAGAACCCCAAGAUCACCGAUGAAGAAUUCCAAAAGCACUGGAGCGAGCACCACGCACCAAUCGCCUCCAGCUGGCUCGCUCGCAACGGAAUCGUGGGAUACACACAGUACCACACACCUCCCGAAACACGCAACCUAGCCACUGCCCUCGCCGAGACAGUGGGAGCUACUGUCGCGCCGUUUGACGGCUACGUCGAGUUUUUUGUUAACAACCCCGAGGAUCUGUGGAAGGCUACUUCGGACCCGGAGUAUCCUGUUAAGAUGCACCCUGACGAGCAGUACAUGUUUGAUAGUAGCAAGAUGCAGGUCACGAUUGGGUGGGUCGAGGUGUAUAUCCAGAACGGAAAGGUGGUCAACAUUGUUGAUGGCAAGUCUGCAUAUGCCCAGUAG